AUGUCUUCCACAUCGCAGCCCUCCUCGAGACGGCAAUGGUGCUACCUCUGCGACCUCCCUAAGAUGCCCUGGGCCAUGUUGUGGGAGUUUAGCGAAGCCGUUUGUCGGGGAUGCGUCAACUACGACGGCGCGGACAGAAUCGAGCUCCUCAUUGAAACCGCCAGACAACUAAAGAGCACGCAUGGAGUUUUAGAGGGCAGGUCUCCUGGCCCGCAGCAGGGCAAGCCUAGCUCCGCCGGAUCCAUGGAAGCCGGGCGGCCGCACGGAGAGCGUCUGGACAGGGAAAGAGGAAGGGGUGAGUACGGCGUCUCCUCGCGGCUCCCGAACGGUCUGCACAGAGCUGAAGAUGUGGCGUUAUCUGAAAGCAGUCGACAGAGUCCGAACACUCGCAGGGCGAUGGCGGGGGCUGUUCCGAGUCUCCACGGAACGAUAUCGCACGCUCUGAUAGCUCAGAGUUUAGUCGCCUCUCCGCAUGGGCUCCUAGCGCCGAUUUCGGGCUCCAGACCGGGGGCCGCUCCCAUUGCCGUCUCAGCCGGGCCCAUCAUGAGCGACGCCGCCAGAAGACAGGCUGUGGCUUUGGGCGUGGGAGCUAGCACGUCUGCGCUGGUGGGCAUCGACCCGGCGGCGUGGAGGAACAGCGAAGUCAUGGCCGAACUCAAUGAGGUGGCACGGAGCAAGGUGGAAGGCUGGCCCAACAGACCCAAAGUUGUCAGGGAUGUUCUGCUGGCUCUAAGUUCCUGCGUUCCCUUUACCGUGCGCUUCAGGAAAGACCAUAAUCUCAUAGGACGGGUGCUGGCUUUCGAUGCCACGGCGCCGCCGGAGUUGGAGCUCAAGGUCUUCGCCGAGUAUCCCAUCGGCUCCGGGAUGUUCUUUUCGGGAGUUCCGGACGUGGUCAGGCAGAUGUUCCGUGACUCUGCCAAGGACGCCGGCAAAGCGGUGAACUCGGGGUUACGCUACGUGGAAUACGAGAAGCGGCCAGGGACCGGAGACUGGCGGGGGCUGUCAGAGCUUUUAAAUGACGGCGUACGUAUGUUUAAGGAGCCACCCAUUCCCGAGGUUCUUCCGCAGCCGGACGCCGGCUUGCCCGCCGCAGCGGCCGCGCGGUCCGUCCCGGCUAAGGGCGCCACCCGGCGCCGAAAAGCCUCCCCGGGGUCUGAGAACGGCGAAAGCGAAGGUAGACCCGAUCACCUGUCCAAAGAGGUGUGGUCCAGAGGCGCUUACCCCGGGAUGGAGCCUCUUCCGGGAAUGGCCGCCCCUCAGGACGGCCCCCCUCGUUUACAUAGCCAGCCCUCGCCCAUGUCUGCGCUCAUGGGGGUGGCGGACAGCCUGAGUUCUGGGCAGGUGGCCAGAGAGAGCCCUGGUAUGUCCUCUGCCCACUCCUCUGCCGUCGGACGCACCGCUACCAGCAGUCCCUCUGCUGCCGCCGCCUCCACCUCCGUCUCCCAGGCGUCCGGCGCGGGCACCGGGGAGUCCGCCAGCGGCGGGGGUCAGGGCGCCCUGCUCUGCUGCACCCUCUGCCGAGAGCGCCUGGAGGACACCCACUUUGUCCAGUGUCCCUCCGUCCCGCACCACAAGUUCUGCUUCCCCUGCACCAGAGGCUUCAUUCGUAGCCAGGGCCAAGGAGGCGAGGUGUACUGCCCGAGCGGAGAGCGCUGUCCCCUGGCUGGAUCCACCGUGCCCUGGGCCUUCAUGCAGGGCGAGAUCUCCACCAUUUUGGCCGGGGACGGAGACGUGACAGUAAAGAAGGAGAGUGACCCUUGA